AUGGUGAAGAAAAGGCUCUCAUCAAGCAAUGACAUGAUGUUCCGGUCUGAGACUCCAGGCAGCCCAGGCAAGUCGGGUUCAGAGGCCCACAGCAGCGUUCCUGACAGCCCCAGCGCGGUGUUUCUCAGCUCAGAGGCUGAGAAUGGUGUGGAGGAGAAGAAGAAGGUAUGCAGGUCGCCAGCAGCACUGUCUCCCACCCCGUCCAGCGAGGCCGAGUCCCAGGACCAGAAGAGAACCAUUUCCACGCGGUCAAAAUCCAGUUUCGAUGGUGCCCCUUUAGCAAAUGAGAAAAGCGACUGUAAAACAGAAAGCAAGAAUGACUCUAAGAUUGAAAGGAAAAAGUCCUCAUCUUCAAGCCAGGACAAAGCAAACAUGCACUUCCACAAACUCUUUCUAGAUGUCCCCACGGAGGAACCCCUGAGACAAAGUUUUACGUGUGCUCUACAGAAAGAAAUAUUAUACCAAGGGAAGCUCUUUGUAUCAGAAAACUGGAUUUGUUUUCAUUCUAAGGUCUUUGGAAAAGACACUAAGAUCUCAAUUCCAGCUUUCUCAGUAACCUUGAUAAAGAAAACCAAAACUGCCCUCCUGGUGCCAAAUGCCCUGAUUAUAGCAACAGUCACAGACAGGUACAUAUUUGUCUCCUUACUCUCCAGAGAUUCAACUUACAAACUACUGAAAUCUGUGUGUGGACAUUUAGAAAAUACAGGUAUUGGCAAUGGUCCCAGUCCAUCUUCUCUUGAAAACAGUUUCCGGGCAGACCGCCCUUCAUCUCUGCCUCUGGAUUUCAAUGAUGAAUUCUCAGAUCUGGAUGGAGUGGUACAACAGAGAAGGCAAGACAUGGAAGGAUACAGUAGUUCUGGAUCUCAGACCCCUGAAUCUGAGAACUCUCGAGAUUUCCAUGUGACAGAAUCCCAGACAGUUCUGAAUGUCUCCAAGGGAGAAACGAAACCAACUCGGGCAGAUCCCCUUGUGAACAGAGUACCUGAGGGAAAAGCCAAGAGUCUCCCUGGGCAUGGUCAGUCAGAAAUCACUGGACUCAUACCCAGAGUAAAGUCUGAGAAAUGGCCAACUCUCCACCAUAUUCUUAUAUUCUAUGCAGUUGUUGUCUGUGCACUGAUCAUCUCGACCUUCUACAUGAGAUACAGAAUUAAUACUCUGGAGGAGCAGCUGGGGUCACUAACCUCCACUGUGGACACCCAUCAGACUGAACAGACAGCACCAUCUGGCCUGGGGUCACAAGUACAGUUAAAUGUGGAGGCCUUGUGCCAAGAGCUUACAGCUAACAUAAUCAGAUUAGAAAAGAUACAAAACAACUUACAAAAGCUGCUUGAGAAUGGUGACUGA